ACGUCACUUCAGCAUCCUCCUCACAUCCCAUUCACGCUAAUUAUUCCUGUCCGGGUUAUUUGUGUUGGAGUGAAUCUCCUUUUCAGCUGAGUUUACAUGUCGAACGGGUAAAAUACAGGUUUAGCUGGGAGGGAAAACUCUAUAAAUAUUUGCAUUCGCGUUAAGUUUGUUGAUAUUAGCUGCCGCUGUGAAUUGUUAGGAUUUCAGUUCACUCCUGUAAUAAUAACGGCUGCUUUAUCUGCCAUCAGCUGCAGGGUGAAACGGAGGAAGACAGUUCUCCAAGCUGAGCAUGUUGCGUGUUCAUGACAUGCCUGUGUAACUUCUGAGCAUGGAGGCGGUGCUUGUCAGCAAUCGUUACUUCAGGAAGAAAAAAACCCAAAGCGUCAAUGGAGAAGGUCAUGAGCCGGUGAUGGACAUGGACAGAUUGGAAUCACUGUUAACGGUCGAAGAUGACGACGACUGAAAUGAGGUGGAAUAAUUUACUGACACUUUGAUGGACAGCCACUAGGAAAUAAGCAAAAAUAGCAGUGCCGCAGAGACAGGAGAACUCGGGUCCGUUCUCUCAUGGACCUGUGCAGCAGGAACCCGAACCGCACGGUGCCUGUGAGCGACGGUGUGCCCAGACGAGCCGACGUACCCCUGUGCUCCAGAACGAAUGGGUGGAGCUGGCCUCCUCACCCCUUCCAGCUGUUCGCGUGGCUUCUCUACCUUUACUUCGCAGUCACAGGCUUUGGAGUUUUCAUCCCUCUGCUGCCGUCACACUGGAUCCCGGCUGGCUAUAUUUGUACGGGCAUUACGUUCGUUUGUCACCUGCUCGUGCACCUGACCGCUGUCUCCAUCGACCCUGCGGACUAUAACGUCAGAUCAAAGAGCUACAAGGGACCACUGCCUGUGUUCGACCGCACAAAACACGCACACGUCAUCGAGAACUGCCACUGUUACCUCUGUGAGGUGGAUGUAGGGCCGAAAUCCAAACACUGCAGCGCCUGUAAUAAGUGUGUGGCCAGUUUCGAUCACCACUGCAGAUGGCUCAACAACUGUGUGGGCAGCAGAAACUACUGUGUUUUCCUGACCAGUGUCAUAUCCGCUCUGCUGGGCAUAUUUUUAAUUGUGAUCAUCGCCACAUACGUUUUCAUCGAGUUCUUUUUGGACCCGUCGAAGCUGCGAUCUGAUAAACACUUCCAGCAAGUGAAGAAUGAAUCUGUGGUGUGGUUUGUGUUCUUGCCUGUGGCUCCUGUAUCUACAGCAGGACCAGCCAUCCCUGCACUGGCAGGAGUAACCAUCACGAUGGGGCUUCUUUCCUCACUACUGCUCGGCCAUUUACUCUGCUUCCACAUCUACCUCAUGUGGAACAGGCUGAGUACAUAUGACUACAUCGUUCGACAGAGACAUCGACAGGAGGCAAGAGACACUAACAGAGGACCUUCAGGGAACGAGCCUGGAGUUCCCAAGAUGAACCUCAUCAAGGACGUGAGCUAUUCAGGUACUCUAGGCUACACCAAUCCCGAGAUGGAGGUAGAGGAUCCCGCCACCAGGAGCUCGCAUGGAAAUCCCGAGUUGUACGGUAACGGCAGGAUCAGGAGCUCGCAAGAAAGAACGGCCGACGAGGAGCUACUCCCUACCGUUUCCACGGAGCAGAAACCAGCACCUCGUCCUUCUAAAAACACUCAGAAGAAAAAGAAAAAAGUGCGUAAAAUACCAGCAGAAGUGAUCAAUGACCGAGGCACAGAGAUGAGUACGAGUAGAGGCCUGGCACAUCAUUCAGCUGAGCAAGAGUUCUCCGUAGCUGCUGCCACUCUGUCCUCAUCCUUAAGCCAGCGCCUCGCUUUCCCAGCAUUCCCUGUGCGGGUGACCCUCCCCCCUCUGGCCCCUGUGCAAGCUGCCGGCCCCCCUGCUGAGUACCACUCUGAUUCCGCAGAGUCUCUGGAGGAGAUCCCUGUAGCUCUGGCACGCCUGGGGACUGCCACACCAGCGCGGGUGCCCAUCACUACCGUUGGCCAUGCGUCCUCUACACAGCGUGUUUUACUUCAGCCAUUACCCUCUCCACAGCCCCGGACCAAAAAGAAGACUGUGGCUCGCAAGGUUGCAGAAGAGAGAUUCGAGAUGGCAUCCCAUAAUCCUUUCGUAUUCGUCAGUAGAGGAAGUGAAGAGACUACAUUAACUCUAGACGGCGCCAGAGCGGAGGACGGACUCGGUUACGUCGGAAAACGCAAGCACACAAGCAAGAGAAGAGGCGUAGAUGAGCCGAGACUCGGCUCCAGAACGAACACACCGCUAGCAUAGGAAUAUAAUUGCCAUGACUUACCUGGCUGAGCAAAAUGCUAGCAAAACUUCCCAGAGAUAAGCUCUAUCAUAAUCAUACGAAUCCACGGGCACUACAAUCUCAGAUGUAGCAACAAAAGUCUCAGUCCACCUAUGCAACCACCACUGAGUGGAGGAUUUUCAAACUGGAUUCUGAUCAGUCUUUUCAGAAAUGAUCAUUGCAGUUUCAUUUGGCAUUUCAUUAAUUCAAUACAUUUUCCUAAUCACUUCUCUCGUAGCAUUGCACAAUUGUAUUUGUACGUUUUUUUUUUUAUUUAUCAUAACACGGUUUUAUCAACUAUUAAUUCAUAUUGAAUGCCAAAGCUUGUAUAUUGUGUACAGUCUAUAGCAGAUUGAAAUAUCUGUUGACUGUUGCUCUAAACAUAAACAUCAGUGGGUUUUUUUCUUCCUCUUCAUAAUUCCUAUAUGUUUAGUUGUAAUGUUAUCAUUAAUGUUAGUUGUUUUUACAAUGGCACAUUUUCGUAUAUUACGACCUACCUACUUUAAUGUUUCGUUCUUAUACUUGCAGAAAUGUCACUCAUUCCCUUGAGCAUGAGCCAAGUCCUAAAUGUCCCAAAUGGAGCCCUAAUCCUACAGUCCUCCUCCAUGUCCACACGCUGGUGAUGUAGUUGAGAUGUAUGCGAUUCAGGCACAAAGAUGUAAAAGCAAGCAUUUCCGGGCGGUCCUUAAAACUUCAUUAAGUUCCAGGUGUGUUGGUUAACGAUGGCUCGCCGUUCAGUGACGCCAGGUGAGGGUCACAAAACUGCACAGUUAUUACUUAAAGAGGAUGUUUAAUAACUGAUAGAGGUGUGUGCAGGAAUUUAUAUCCCACAUCCAAAGGAUUUCUGACUUUCUGAGGAUUUCUGUUCAUUCUGACCAAUCCCACAUGCCCCCGCAGGAAGUUUAAUCAAUCCCACCUUCUCGCACAUUUUUUUUUUCUGUUUGCACCUGGACGUAAUAUUUUCUAAUAAAACGAGCCAGUUCUAUUUAACAAAUGAGUGAUUAAACCACUGUGACACCGACUAGGAUAAAGUUUGUACUGCCGAAGAACGAAUGAACACGGUAAACACAUCGCACAGUGGUGUUCAAGCAUCCAGUAUGCUACAAUGUUAAUAAACGUGGCCUUUCUUCA